GAGAAUAAGGUGCAGCUGGCUCCAGAGGCUGUGCUGUAGUCAGAAGACACAGCUUCCCUGAGGAUGGAGCAGGGACUCAGCAGGACCCGGGCCAGGGACCUGGACAAGUUCAUAGAGGUUCACCUCCUUCCCAACACCAGCUUCCGAACUGAGGUCAAGGCAGCUAUCAAGAUCAUAUGUGAUUUCCUGAAGGAGAGAUGCUUCCGAGGCGCCACCCACCCUGUGAGGGUCUCCAAGGUGGUGAAGGGUGGCUCCUCAGGCAAAGGCACAGCCCUCAAGGGCAGGUCAGAUGCGGACCUGGUGGUGUUCCUUAACAAUCUCCACAGUUUUGAGGAUCAGUUAGAGAGAAGGGGAGAGUUCAUCGAGGAAAUUAGAAAACAGCUUUGCAACUUUCAGAGAGAGCUACAUAUAUGGGUGAAGAUUGAGGUCCAGAGUUCAUGGUGGCCCAACCCCCGGGCACUCAGCUUCAAACUGAGCUCCUUCCAGCAUCAACAGGAGGUGGAGUUUGAUGUGCUGCCGGCCUAUGAUGUCCUGGGUCAACUCAACUACAUCAAGCCUCACCCCCAAAUCUACGCUGACCUCAUCAGAGAGUGCACCUCCCUGGGAAAGGAAGGCGAGUUCUCCACCUGCUUCACGGAGCUCCAGAGAAACUUCUUGAAGAGUCGACCAACCAAGCUGAAGAGUCUCAUCCGCCUGGUCAAGCACUGGUACCAACUGUGUAAGGAGAAGUUGGGGAAGCCGCUACCUCAACAAUAUGCCCUGGAGCUGCUCACAGUCUAUGCCUGGGAACGUGGGAGUGGAGUCACUGAGUUCAACACAGCCCAGGGCUUCCGGACAGUCUUGGAACUUGUUGUCGAGUACAGGCAGCUUCGAAUCUACUGGACAGAGUAUUAUGACUUUCAACACGAAGACGUCUCCAAAUACCUGCUCAGACAGCUCAGAAAAGACAGGCCCGUGAUCCUGGACCCGGCUGACCCGACAGGGAAUGUGGCUGGUUCAAACUCAGUGGGCUGGCAGCGCCUGGCAGAGGAGGCUCUGGCCUGGCUUCAAUACCCAUGCUUUAAAAGCUGGGAUGGUUCCCGAGUGCCACCAUGGGAUGUGCCGAUGGAAGUUGAAUUUCCAUAUCUGGAGGUGGACGAGAACUGGACUUGCAUCCUCCUGUGAGCACAGCAGCACCUGCCCAGAAGGCUCUGGAGUCAGGGGAUGUGCUCCUCUGUGCAGGCCUUGACCAGAGAGGGCCGGGUGCUGCCCAAGGCCCCAGUGAUGGAGCAUCCAACCUGGGGUCAGACUCCAAGUUUCUGACCCCUAACCGUCCACCCUAAUCGUGUCCCAUCACAGACAGCCUUCCUCACAGCCUGCUUGAUCCUCCUUAUACUCUGACGGUGUUCUCUGUGACACAAGAGAUUCAGAAAGGAAGGAAGAACUCAAGCUUGACUUCUGUCUAUGUUUCUGUUGGAGGGUUCUGUCCAAUGUAUGAUCAACAUCAAUAAACCACAGCAGAUGUCA